AUGGACGAUGCUAACAACAACAUCUGCGUCUUCCCCACGGCCACGGACGUCUUGGCCGACAUCCUGACACGGUUGCCGCCUAACGCCCGCCGCCGUCUCCGCCUCGUCUGCCAACUCUGGCGGGAUGUCAUCGACGAGCGCGCGACGGCGGACAUGCGGAGCCGCGCCAAGAUACUGGCCGUGACCACCGAGGGUGCCGCGUACGUCGUCGACGUUCUGUCGCCGGGGAGCCUCACGGAUCUGUGGCAGCGCCCGCUGGCGAUAAAAGCGUACGCCGGCCCCAUGAGCGUGGUGGGCACCUGCAAUGGCCUCGUCUGCCUGUGCGAGGACCAGGAGCCCGGCGGAGCCAUCAUGCUUGCCAACCCGGCGACCGGCGAGGAGCUCCGCCUUCCGCCGCUGCCCAUGCCGAGCGCUUCCGUCCGGCUGUACCGGAACAGCAGCAGGAGCUGGCACCAGACCUACGCCUUCGCGUGCCACCCGACCACGGGGCAGUACAAGGUGGUGCACGUCCCGUGCUGCUUCGACCCGUUCUGGGAGCCCGGCGUGGUGCACGUGUUCACGCUGGGCGAGGCAACAUGGCGGGACGUGCAAGCCGGCCCCGACGCGAGGUGCAGCCUCGGCCGCUCUAGCCUCGUGGACGUGGACGGCAUGGUGUACUGGAUGACGGAGUUCACCGCGAGGGUCAUGGCGUUCGACCUGGAAGACGAGCGUGUCACCCGCACCGCUCCUCUGCCGAUGCCGGUUAGGCCGAGCGCAUGCCGCCUGACCAAGGUGCACGCGAGGCUGGGCGUGGCCGUCACCGGCGGCGACUCGCUGACGGUGUGGGUGCUGGAGGGCGAGAGCUGGAGCCGCCGGUACGUCCUGGAGGCGUAUAAGCUUCGGAAGCAAGAGCUCGCCGUGCCGCACUUCGCUCACGGCGACUAUGUCCUGACGCACGGACGCUCCGGCGAAACAUCUGUCCUGUAUCGGCACAAGAUGAGCGGAGCGGCGAGGUUGCAGGGCGGUGGUGGCGUGGUGCAAAUCGAACGCAAGGACAAAGGCGACUCAGUGGCGUGGUGCAAAUCGAACGCAAGGACAAAGGCGACUCAGUGGCGUGGUGCAAAUCGAACGCAAGGACAAAGUCUAUCUAUCGGACGUUUGCCUACACUGAAAGUACGGAAUCUUUGA